AAUGAUCCUUUAUUUGAACAAAGGAUUUUCCCGCUAAUACGGAUGGUGUUAUAUCGUCGAAACGCGAUGAAAAAAUGUUGUUGAUAAUUGGAACAAUCAGUGAUUAAUAAUAAAUAUUUUGAUAUGACUAACACAAACGGAUUUUCAGACUCGCAAGAGUCAGCAUUACUAGAUGACGAUGCAUUUUCAGAAUUACAGAGAGAAAUCGGAAGCAAUACUUUGCCAUUAUUAACAGGGAACAUGAUUGAAGAGAGUAUCGAAGAAAAAUUUGAGGCCGAUCAAAAAUACGAUGUAACAAAUUUAACUCAACAAUACGUUGAAGGAAAAGUAAUGAAAAAUGAAGAUUCUCCCGAAUAUUAUCCAUCAUCGGAAGCCACAACUCCAGUAAGGGAAGAAUUUCCAGGAUGUUACAAUUUUCAGUUUUCAUUAGCUAAUCAAGAAUCUACCAAACAUCGAAUUUACUCUCAGUCAUUGAGAAAAGUAUUCAUUAAUAUGGAUGAAACAUUACCAUUACGUUUUAAAUGGGAUCCACCUGAUGAUGGUUUAUAUUUGCGCACUACCAUGGUUUUCAGUUUGGAUCAAUAUGCGAGUGAUCCGGUCAGACGGUGCCACAACCAUAUGGCAUUAAAUAAUACAAACAAUCGAGAUUAUGAUCCAAGAGUUAUAAAACAUGUUGUUCGUUGUUUGGAUCAUUCAAGCAUGUAUGAAGAAAGAAAUGAGCACUUAUCUGUAUUGACACCCCUUCGUACACCUCAACCAGGAUCUCAGUAUGUACUAAUGAAUUUUAAGUUUUUAUGUAAGAACAGUUGCCCAUCUGGCAUGAAUCGUAGACCAACAGAUUUAAUUUUUACUUUGGAAGAUCAUAAAAGAACAGUAUUGGGUAGACGCAUACUUCCUGUUAGAGUCUGUAGUUGUCCAAAGAGAGACAAAAUGAAGGAAGAAUCAGAGAUAACAGACACACAACCUGAAGCUAAGAAAAGGAAACAUUGUUUACCUGUUUCUAAAAAACUUAUGCCAUCAUGUGAUACGCAUGUCUUUAAUGUUCAGCUAAACAUUAUUGGAAAAGAAAAUUAUUUAGCUGUAUUAAAAUAUGCGUACGAUAUAAUGGCUGGUCAGGCUUCGCGAACGGGUCAAUACGAAUUUUUUAAACCAUAUAUGGACGAUAUAUUGCGCAAAACUCCAUAAUUAUACUAAUCGAAUGUUUCUCACUAUAUCUGUGCCUUAUAGAUUAAAAACGGGCAUAAUCCAUUGUUAUAUAUUUGAAUACUUUA